CUUUCUUUUUCUUUUUUUGUCUCCCUUCUUUAAAUCACCACCCCUAUAUCUCAACCCUCCUUAAUUAUUCUAUUGUGGACAAUUUGCAAUGGAGAUCCAGUUCCAACAACAAAGGACUACGCAGCAUAAAAAAGCAGGCAUUCCCAUCAGCAAAGAUAGCAAGUUCAAGGUAAGGAACAGAAGCACUAGUAACACAAACAAGUUUGUUGGGGUGAGGCAAAGGCCUUCUGGGAGAUGGGUAGCUGAGAUUAAAGACACCACACAGAAGAUAAGGAUGUGGCUUGGCACAUUUGAGACCGCUGAAGAGGCUGCCCGAGCUUAUGAUGAAGCCGCUUGCCUUCUUCGCGGAUCAAAUACUCGCACCAACUUCAUUACCCAUGUGUCUUUGGAUUCUCCUCUCGCCAGUAGGAUUCGAAAUCUCCUCAAAAACAAAAAGGGAGCCAUAGAACAACAGGUUAAUGUUGAUGCCUCUAGUACUAGUAGUACUCCCACUGUUACUCCCACUAUUAGUACUUCUACUGGUACAUGUAGUAGUUCCACUACUUCCACAAGCAGCUGUGUUAACUCUCUUUCCAAUCAAGAUUUCCGGUUGUUUGAUGAUGCAUACAAACCAGAUUUAAGCAGCUGCAGAGAGGAAUUUGAGUUGGGUUCUUCUCAAUCUGAUCCUUCAUGCGGUUUCGGACUUGGGUUUGAUCGAUUUUUGUUUACUCAAGAAGCGUUGGAUUUGCCAAAGAAUUUAACUUUGCCUGACACAGACACAGCCGAGUUGGAGAUUUCGGAAUUUGAAAGGAUGAAAGUUGAAAGACAGAUAUCAGCUUCGCUAUAUGCAAUGAAUGGGGUGCAUGAGUAUAUGGAAGCUGUUCAUGAUUCUGCUGAAGAGUUAUGGGAUCUUCUACCAUUAUGUUCAUUGUUCAGCUAA